AUGGAUAUAUCACUUCAAACCCACGGGACCUAUGUGAAUAAACCUAUUUCCAGCCUACCGACACCCGCCUUUGUGUUAAGUCGUCCUAUCAUAGAGAGCAACGUCAAACGCCUACUCAACGAUGUCUCGCAGCUUGGCAUCUCAUUUCGGCCACACGUUAAAACGCUCAAGAGUAUUGAAGUAACGCGAAUGAUGCUAGAUGGCGGUAAACACCGAAAGAUCGUUGCAUCGACAGUUUGUGAAAUCGAAGGAGCUUUACCAUUAGUUACAGAAGGAGUCUUAGACGAGUGUCUUUACGGACUGCCCAUCACCGACAGUGUCCUUCCACGUCUUGUAAACCUCGGACGAUCAGUCAAGAUCCUACUUAUGAUCGAUAACGAGCAACAUGUAGAACUCUUAGAACGGUUCGCUGUGGAGAAUCCAGGAAUUGGGGCUUGGGAUGUCUUCAUCAAGGUUGAUGUUGGUUCUCAUCGCGCUGGUGUUAUCAACAGUUCCCCACGUCUACGCCAUCUUAUCGAACGCUCUGAGAGCUCCUUCGCAGUAUCUAUUCAUGGAUUCUAUUGCCAUGCAGGUCAUUCAUAUGGAUGUCGUGACCGUGGGUCGGUUGAUGCAGUCCUCCAGUCUAAGCUGGAAGGUGUCCUAGCUGCUUCACAGAUGGUUCCAUCGAGUGAACGCUCGUUUGUUCUAUCCAUCGGAUCAACGCCUACUGCUCAUGCGAUUCAAGCCAUCAAAAACAAAAUUCCCAAAGGGUGUCUCAUAGAAUUACAUGCAGGUAAUUUUGCUGCCCUUGACCUUCAGCAAGUAUGCACCGGUUUGGUGAGCCGGACCGACCAAGCAGUGCGCAUUUUGGCCGAUGUGUGUAGCCUUUAUCCUGAGCGCAACGAAGCUCUCGUCAACGCCGGUGCCAUAGCCCUGUCCCGAGAAACCAGUUCCAUUCCAGGCUUUGGUCUAGUUGUUGAGUAUCCUGACUGGCACGUGGUUCGCUUGUCUCAAGAGCAUGGCAUUCUUGGUCUUGCUUUGAAUGACGAGUCUGUGUCUGGGGCCACACAAAACAUUCAGGAUGUCUUUCGGGUAGGACAAAGGGUAUCACUAUAUUGUCAACAUGUUUGCAUCACUGCGGCAGCUUUUCACGUAUAUUAUGUGGUCGAUGAAAAUGACAUUGUACGUGAUGCCUGGAUUCCAUGGAAGGGCUGGUGA